AUGGCGCUCUCAUCGCGGUACACGACCGCGACAGCCUUCCUCGAGCACGCCUCGACGGCAGACUUCUUCUCCUACACCGUCCCGACCUCUGCGCCCAUCGACGAGUCGGCCCCUCCUCCAACUCUCGCGCAGGAAGACCACGCUCUCGCGACUUCGACGUGGUUCCCGAGCGCCGAGGAGGGCGGACAGUCGACUGGAUUUGUGCUCUCGAGGAUCGUGGAAGAUGCGUAUACACUCGAGCUGCGGUGGUGCGCGUUCAGCCGGACGGCCAGGCAGGAGGGGGACUCGAUGGACCAGGACGGCGCGGUGAACGCCUUUGAGGACCUCGACAAGCACCCUGGGACCCUUCCACCUGUCCGCUUCACCUUUCCCUCCCGACUCGUCCCGACCCCGUCUUUCGUCGUGACCGGCUCCUCAACCGACAAGCAACUCCAGAUCUACUGCCUCACCGAAGCCGGGUACCUCUACAUCCUCACUUUCUCCCUCUCGAGCCUGUUCUACGCGGCAGAAGGGUUGGGCGAGGGAGAAUGGAGCGACGAGUACAGGGUCGAGAGUCUCGCGGGACGGACGCCGGUGCUUGUGCAGGGCGUGGACGAGGGGAGGGUCGUUGUGGGUUGUGCGGACGGCUUUGCGGUCUGCGUCGAGCUCGCGGAAGGGAACGACGCAGGACUGGUCGAAACGGAACUCCGCAUGCCCUCCUCCUUCUCCGUCCGAUCGCUCAUCCCCUCCUUCUCGACUCGCAACCUCGCUUCGCCAACAAAAGGCACCUUCCAGUCCGCCUCUUCCCUCGCCGCGCCCAACCAGCUCCUCUCAGUCGCCUGCGUUUCGUCAGCCACCGACGCCAACAGCCCGAGCUCGACUUUCGCUUUCGGUGUCACGCGCGAUCGCAAGUUGCGCAUCUGGAGUCUUGAGUCGGGUGCAUGCUUCCGCGCCAUCGACCUCCCGCGCGCCAAGUCCUCCUCGACCGCCCUCACUCUCGCCUCCUCCAACCCGUCUAUCGACUCGCCUCAAGUGUCGCGCAACGGCUCUCUCCUCUCGCCUGCGCCGCAGACGCUCGUCAAGCUCGUUCAGGGAUCGGAGUUGACCUCGUACCCCGCCUACCUCGCCCUCUUUAGCCCCGCAACAAGCGCUUCGCCCGCCGCUUUCAUCCUUUACGGCCUCGCAACGGACGCUUCCUCAGGCGAACUGAGCGAGCUCGAACCUGUCGCGGAGCGAACGUGCCCGUCUGGCUCGAUCGGAAGUCUCGUCGACUUUGUAGUCGCGAGGAUGGACUUGUCGGGCGAUGCGAGCUGGACUUUGUGGACGUGCUGGGACGAGGGAGGGGAGACGGAGAUCCACACGAUCAGUCUCGGCGAGCUAGAUGCGCAGGCUGCCGAGACGGUCGAGGACGAGUGGGUCGUGGUUGAGCGAGGGGCGGCGGCCAAGACGGCGACGUGGACUGCGGCAUACUUCGAUGACCAGCUGCGCGAGUCGCCCGUCUCUGUCGCCGACACGUUCCUUCGACACAUCUCCUUCCCUGGCCGAUACCCUCCAGCGACACUCGACCACGCCUUGCAGCAGUAUGAGGAACUCAUCCUCUCGGAGCUCGAUACCGACAGCGUGACGGCACCGGCGCAGUUCGGUCUCGAUUAUGCGACGCUGCUCGAGCGCGCAGCAGCAAUUGUCGGGUCGACCGUCGUUCUGCAGCAAAGUCCGCAGACCGGAGCCUUCCUCCAUGACGAGUAUAACAAGCAGCUCAAGAUCGAGUGGCUGCGCUUCAUCGCCAUGCUCAACGAGUCGCGCUCUGUCGCCCUGUACCCGACCUGCCUUGCGCUCGACGAGGACCGAGGAAUCGCUGCCGUCUUCGGACGAGACAGCGUCACGGUGCCGAUUGUCCGCGAGGCCGUUCACACACUCCGAAGCUUGUCGACGCCGCAGCAGAUUCUCGCCGCCCAAGCCGAGCCCGAGGACCUCCUCGACCUUCCGCCCGCCCUCUCAGCCGACUACACCCUCCGCUCCGACAUCCUUCCCCUCCUCGCCAUCAUCCGCGACCUCCAGUCUCGCCUCUCAACUAACGACCUGCGCACGCUCGAGUCGCUCCUUCUCGAGCAGAUCAGGGCGCCGUUCACGGCCGACAUGGAGGACACCGCGCUCGACCUGUUCGAGAAGGCGCUCGAAUCGGCGCUUCUGGACGGCAGUGUCGCGCAGAUUGUCGCCGCGCUGAAGGGGCUCGACAGCUCCGAGCGGGCAGUCGACACGUUCCUUCGCCUCUUGACGAGCGAACAGCUCUCGCCCAUCGCGGCGAGUGCGGCCGAUGAGCAGCCUGCGACGGAUUUGUCGAACGCCCUUCUCGCCGAUGCGUUGUCAACGAGCAUUGAAGCGCGCUACGAGCUCGCCAAGGGUCUCGUCGCAAUCUUGCUCAUCGUCUGGGCGGGGGAGGACGAGGAGGCGGUCGAGGCAGACGUCGGCGUGGCGCCCGCCCCUCAGGAGCGCCUCUUCGCCCGUCUCGACCAGACGACCGCCGCAGCAAUGACCACUCUGCACGCCCUCGCCGCCAUGCAGUGGAUCGCAGCGGAACUCGCUCCGCCCACCGCCGAAGCGCUCGCUGCGGUGCAGAAGCAGCUCGGCUCACCCGGCGACGACGGCGUUCUCGAGCGCUUUGGCGAGCUACGGAUGAAGGACCACGACGGAGCGGAUGUCAUUCCCGUGCCCACGUACGGUCUUCUCCCGGCCCUCCUCCGCACACCCGACUUUGCCGCCUCCCUUCUUCCCGCCUCACGCUCCUCCCUUCCUGUCGCCCUUGCUUUCGCUGCAGCGGGCGUCUUCCGCGCCUUCGGCAUCCUCCCCUCUCCCACCGCGACGCAGCCCGAAUCGUCGACUGCCUCGACCAUCAUCGGCAUGCGGCUGCAACAACUCGCCUUGCCGGCACAAGCAGCUGAGUGGGUCGAGCUGUGGCCGAAGACGGCGGGGAUGAGCUAUGUCCGCGGCCGGGCCAUGCUGGACUUGCUCGAUGGCGAGGAGGCGAGCAAAGCUUUGGAGAAGGCGGCAAGCGGUCUUUACGGCGCAGAUCUGGUUGAUGAUGACGAUGACUCGGCCGCAGCCUUGCUGGCCAUCCUCCCAAGCGAAGUCGGAUCUUCGCUUGCUCGCUACUACCAGCACGUCGUCUCGCUGUUCGUGCCGACCUCGUUCGACGGCGCCAUCGCACGGUUCGCGCAGCUCGCCCUCGAUGCGCUGACGACGGAAGGCCUGCACGACGAGGUUGCAGAGAAGGACUUGUGGAUCAAGCUGUUCCGCAGCUACGCAGCACUCGGAGACUACGUCAAGGCGUACGAGGUCGUCAUGGCCGCCCCAUAUCACGAGACCCAAAUGACCUGCCUCGCCCACUUCAUCUCGGUCGUCUGCGAGAAUGGCGCUGCUUCGCUUCUCACGACUUUCUCAUUCUCCGGCCUCGAAGCCGACCUCGAGCGCAACCUCGCCUUCCGCGCCCGCAACUCGGACCCGCUCGCUCGUCCCAACUACUACCGCGUCCUGUACGCGUAUCACACCGCCAAGGGGGACUACCGAAGCGCCGGCACCGUCAUGUACCAGCAAGGCCGACGACUUGGCGAGCUCAGCUCCAAGCAGCCUGGCUCGUACCGCGACAUUGCGACGCUUCAGUGCCAGAGCUACCUUGCCGCGACGAAUGCAUUGUCGCUCGUCGCACGGGAACACGCCUGGGUCGCCGUGGUCGAGGACGAAGCUUCAGAGCGGGGUCACAAGCGACGCAAACUCGCCUACCACAUCCCGGAGGACGAGUUCGAGCCGUCUAUCGCCUCUCGCCAGCUGGAAGUGUUGGACGUCAACGACAUCCGCAAGGGGUACUGCAUCGCCCUCUCUCGCCUUCAGCUUUCGACUGAGUUUCCCGAGCUCGAGCGAACAAACUUCCACCUCGACCCGGACUCGGUCGUCGCCCUCUUCUCGCAAAUUGGCAACUUCGAACAAGCGUUCUGGGCGGGGCGAGUGCUCGAUGUCGACCUUUCCUCGCUCUUCGAGGUCAUUACCGAACGCUGCGUCACGUUGGCGCAGAACCCCGAAGGCGCGGAGGACGCAAGCUGGGUUGCCAUGUCGAGCGAGGCAGCAACCUGGGAAGGCUCGCUUCCGAGCAAGGCCUGGCGACUACUCGAGCGGCACCUCGAGCGACACGACCGCGACGUCGGCCAGCGGUAUCGCCUGGUCGUGCUUGAGCGGACGUUGGCGCUCAACCGAGGCGGAAAGAUUCCCUCUUUCUUGACCGAGCACGUCAAGCAGCACGACUUGCCUGCGCUUCUCCGCACGCUCAUCAAGUACGACCGGUUGGAUGAGGCGUUCGCGUUCAGCUUGGAUGCGCUCAAGUCUGCUCCGUCGCCUUCCACUCCUUUCUCGACGGCCGAGCCUUGGUCGUUGUACGACCUGCUCCUCUCCAUUCCUUCUGGCGACUCGGCGUCCUUGUCGGACGACGUUCUCAAGCAGCGGCAAGUCGAGCUUCGCGAAGCGGUAGAUGCGCGACUGGCGGCGCUGGACAAGGCGGACAAACAGGUGCGGAAGGCAUGA